AUGCAACACUGCCUUUCAAUAAUAUCCCACUCACCAAUCAUUCUGAUACUUCUACCAUGCCUUGCUGCUGCUGUUAACGGGGAUGUAUUAUGGCGAGACGAUUUCAGUGGAACUUCAUUAAACACGGAAUACUGGUCCUGGGAUCUUGGGGCAGGUGGAUGGGGAAACAAUGAGCUUCAGACAUACACAACUGAAGCCAUUUCAGUCACUGGGGGAUUGCUAAUCAUUCGAGCAGACGAAAGAACCACUGGUUUCACGUCAGGGAGAAUCAAGACUGAUGGGAAAAUAAGGUUUCGAUAUGGGACAGUGGAGGCGAGAAUCAAGAUACCUGAUGUAGAUGAAGGCUUGUGGCCAGCCUUUUGGACGCUUGGUGACAAUUUCAACAACGUUGGUUGGCCACGAGCAGGCGAAAUUGACAUUAUGGAAGUUGGUCAAGGUCUUGCAAUCUCUAAUAAUUUGGUCAAUCGGAGGGUGAUCUCUGGAGCGCAUUGGGAGAACGAUGGCAAACUGGCAGCCGAUACGACAUGGAAAACUUUCAACAUCGAUUUGAAUGAAAGCUUUCACAUAUACAAGCUGGAAUGGACUCCAACCUCACUAUCGACAUAUGUGGAUAAUGUCAAGGUUUGGGAAAUGGAUAUUGAGGCAGCCAGUUGUUUUGGCUGUGAAGAAUUCCACCGACCGCAUUUUUUGCUUCUCAAUCUUGCAAUUGGAGGAAUCUUUACUUCGACUGAAGGGUCUGGUUCUUCUAGUUCCACCGGAUCAACGUCUUCGAGUGGGUGUGAUACUUCCUUAUCAUCAUCAGGCAACAGUUCUUCUGGGGGAUGUUUGCAGCCAAGGAUCGAUGUUUCAGCACCUCUGCCAGCCAAUAUGCUAGUUGACUGGAUUCAGAUUGUUGACAAUGGUCAUUCCCAAGUCUUUCGAAACGCCGAUCCAGUUCCUACUCCUGUUCCAACAGAUCCGGUUCCUACUCCCGUUCCAACAGAUCCACUUCCUACUCCCAUUCCAACAGAGCCCCGAUUUGGAUUGCUGCCUAUAGAGCCGCCGACGCCAGCUCCUACAUCGGUUCCAACAGAUUCCCAAGUUGGACCACUGUCUACAGAGCCACCGACUCCGCGACCGACACCAGCGCUGUCCAGAAAAACUAGCCCGACACCCCCAACACCCCGCCCGACUUACGGCAUAUCCACAAAGUACCCUACCAGAAGGCCAUCCCGUAUGGGUCCAUCCACCAAGAACCCUACCCGCAGGCCAUCCGGAGGUGGGCUCUCUACCAAGUUUCCGACAAAGAGACCAACACCCAAUCCAUCCGUGUCGGCACCUGGAGCAAUACCAACUCCAAUUCCAUCGCAAACCCCAACCGUGGCUGCUGGCACAUUGGAAACAGCCACGCCGUCCAUGAUUCCAUCGGAACUUCCAUCGGAAGAUACCGCCACAUCGUCUCAGUCACCUUCUACUACACCCUCAGAUGAACCCGAUCCGUCUUUGAGCCCCUCCAAAAUACCACCCGUCACUCCGUCUCAGUCACCUUCUACUCUAAUUCAACCCGAGCCAUCCUCAACUCCCUCCCGGUUCCCUUCCGAGCAACCGACGAUAACUCCUUUGGUGACCACUCCGGUACCUUCAGCACAGCCUUCUCAAGCACCAUCGGUUGAUUCUGCUUGUAAUGCACAGAACAGUCCAGUUACCUAUCGAUCAGCCAAUUGUGACAAUGGAAGUCAAGCUGGAUAUCAGAUUUGUUUGGAAUUCCUAAACAUGCCGUGUCAGGAUGUCCCAAUCUUUGAUCGAGCCAUUGCGUUUUGGGAAAGCGUCAUUACCAGUGACCUUUCGGAUCAUGUGGUUCCAUCUCAAUUCUUGAAUGACAAUGCAUUCUGCGGACCAGGAUUCAAUCCACCAACUCCAACGGACGACCUUUUCAUUUGUGGGAGUUACGAUGCUAUUGACGGAGCUGGCGGGGUAUUGGGUACAGGAACCAGCGUCAAUGAUGGAAGUGGUGUUCCGAAGCCGAUACUUUGGGGUAUCCUCAAACUAGACACUGCCGAUCAAGCCCGGCUGCAGAAUGAUGAGAACUUGUACUACGAUGUCGUCCUUCAUGAAAUUGGUCAUGUUCUUGGAAUCGGAAACAAUUGGCGGCUUGCCAAUGCUCCUCUUGUGAAUGGUGCUUGCGAGUACACUGGAGCGGCAGCUACAGCCGUGUACCGGACCCUUUCUCAGUGCACCACCGGCUUUCCUCUGGCCGAAUGCACCAAUGGCCAUUGGUCCGAAGCCUGCUUUGAUGCCGAACUCAUGACUCCUUCGAGGAAUUUUGGUGGAAUCCUCAUUUCCGAAAUGACGAUUGCCAGUCUCGAUGAUAUUGGAUACACUACCGAUCGAAAUGCCAUAAACUAUGACUAUAUAAUAUUUGAUAUCGAGCAGAGCUGUCGAUGCAAUCGACGAAAUUUGAGGUCAGCAGUAGAAGAAGAGGCUCAAGUGGAUGGUGAUAAUGGUAUUAUUACUCCAUCCUGGAUCGUGCAACCUGCUGUCUUGCCCAAAGAAAAGGUUGCCGAUCGUCGGCUUUACCAGACGGUCACCUCUGAGAUGAUCGAAGUAGCCUGGUCUUUGGUUCCUCCCGUGAAUCCUAUUGUACCCGCAGGAAUGAAUGGUUUCGAUAUCGGCACUACCAGUACCGUCAUUUUCUGGUUGUUGGAAGACGAUGAAUUUUAUGAAGUUUCCGUUUGGUAA